UGUCAUCCUUUUAAACGGCUCAACUGCUUUAAUCCUGACGGCUGGCCACCGCGGAUAUGGGCAUGCGUUUGUUUUAAUAUUCCUCACCGUUAUGUGCCCGCAUAGAUAAACUUAAUUGCAGUCCUCAUUUACUCGCUGCAAGAAAUUACCAGGAAGCUGCUUUAAUUGGAGUUCUGGUCUGCACGAAGACUGAACAGAAUGGCCCGAAGCCUCUCAGCGGCACCGGCUUUCUGCAUGCGGAUAUGAAAUGACAGGCUGCAGAUGGUCCUUUUUUUUUUUUUUACUUCUAAAAAGUUCUCUCUUUGGAGGCCACAUUCAUAUCUGUGAUCCAUUACGCAUCACAGAUUUCCUGAGGAGUUGAUGGUGCGUUUUCUUCAGUGAUUUUGUGGCGUUAACCUGCGGAAAUGGACGCCGCGAAGAAAGAUGGCCUCCCUGGGGGCGAUGCGGGCAAAUCAGACACCCUCGGGUCAACUGGCUCGAUCAGAAAAAGAGGAGGGGGGGCCAAGAAGGCGAUGCAGGCAAACAAGUCUGCCCUCAGGGCCCCCCGAGCUCUUUGCUGCCUCACUCUCAGCAACCCCAUCCGGAUGGCAGCGCUAGCCCUGGUGGAGUGGAAGCCCUUUGAUAUUUUCAUUCUUCUUGCCAUUUUUGCCAACUGUGUGGCCAUGGGUGUCACCAAGCCAUUUCCUGAUGAUGAUUCCAACCCUACCAACCACAAACUAGAACAAGUUGAGUACGUCUUCCUCGUCAUCUUCACCAUUGAGACCUUCACUAAAAUUCUUGCCUACGGCUUAGUCAUGCACCCCAGCGCCUACAUACGCAGCGGAUGGAACUUGCUUGAUUUCAUUAUCGUCAUCGUCGGGCUGUUCAGUGUGAUAGCAGAAGGCAUGACAGAUCACAAGCCCGGUGAGGCCCACCAUGCUGCAGGAAAACCUGGAGGCUUGGAUGUCAAAGCUCUCAGAGCGUUCAGAGUGUUACGACCACUUCGACUUGUGUCUGGAGUGCCAAGUUUGCAAAUUGUGUUGAACUCCAUCAUGAAAGCCAUGGUGCCCCUGCUCCACAUUGGUAUGCUGGUCAUGUUUGUCAUCAUAAUUUAUGCCAUCAUUGGCUUGGAGCUUUUCAUCGGCAGGAUGCAUAAGACGUGCUACUCCAUCGGCACAGGUCUCAUGAUCGAGGAUGAUCCAACACCUUGUGCGUUUGCUGGGAAUGGACGCUUUUGUGUUGGCAAUGGGACUGAGUGCAGGGGCAAGUGGGAGGGCCCCAAUGGAGGGAUCACAAACUUUGACAACAUCUUCUUUGCCAUGCUGACAGUUUUCCAGUGCAUCACUAUGGAGGGUUGGACAGAUGUACUCUACUGGAUGAAUGAUGCUAUAGGCUAUGAGAUCCCAUGGAUUUACUUUGUUUCUCUGGUCAUCUUUGGAUCAUUUUUCAUUAUCAAUCUUGUAUUGGGUGUAUUGAGCGGAGAGUUCUCUAAAGAAAGAGAGAAGGCCGUCGCUCGUGGUGAGCUGCAGAAGGCGCAGGAGAGCAAGCAGAUGGAGGAGGACAUGAUAGGCUACAUGGACUGGCUCAUAGAGGCAGAGGAAGUGGACGAAGAAGGAAACAAACGUGCUGCAAUUGCAAAGAAAAAAAUGAUGAAGAAGUUUGGCUGGUAUAAGCACAGUGAGGAUGGAGGAGAAUCAGACUCUGAUGAUGAUAUAGCAUACCUGGAUGAUGACAGUGGCUUCUGUGCAUCUCUCAUGGCAAAGAUGAUGGCCAAUAGCUUCUGUGACCAAUUGUGCCAGCUGAAUCACACUUUAAGGAAGAACUGUCGUGUUGCAGUGAAGACCACUAACUUCUACUGGUUGGUGCUUCUGUUGGUGUUUCUCAACACUGUGGCCAGUGCUUCUGAGCAUUAUGGGCAGCCAAAAUGGCUCACAGAAAUGCAAGAGCGAGCCAAUAAGAUCCUGCUGCUGCUCUUCACUCUGGAGAUGUUGAUGAAGAUGUACGCCUUUGGUCUGCAGAUCUACUUCAUGGCGCUGUUCAAUCGCUUUGAUUGCUUUGUCGUGUGUGGCGGGAUUCUUGAAACACUGCUCGUAGAGUUUGAUGUCAUCCCGCCCAUUGGCAUAUCUGUGCUGCGCUGCAUCCGACUGCUCCGGAUAUUUAAGAUGACUCGGCACUGGGCUGCCUUAUCUGAUCUGGUCACUUCACUGCUCAAUUCAAUGAAAGCCAUCUGCUCCCUUCUGCUUCUCCUCUUCCUCUUCCUCAUCAUCUUUGCCCUCCUGGGUAUGCAGUUAUUUGGAGGCAAAUUCAACUUUGAUGACACUCAGAUGAAAAGAAGCACCUUUGACUCAUUCCCUCAGGCUCUGCUCACAUGUUUCCAGAUCCUCACUGGAGAGGACUGGAAUGCUGUGAUGUAUGAUGGCAUUAUGGCAUACGGAGGGCCAGUAUUCCCUAACAUGGUGGUGUGCGUUUACUUUGUCAUCCUCUUUGUCUGUGGUAACUACAUCCUGCUCAAUGUCUUCUUGGCUAUUGCUGUGGACAACUUGGCAGGAGGCGGUGGGAAGAAGAAAGUCGAAGAGAAAAAGGAAGAGGAAGAAGAGUGGGAUGAGGACGAAGAGAAAGAGGAUGAAGAUGCAGGGAACGAGGAUGACGACUGGCAGGAAAAUGAGGAGCUGAGAGUCAUCGAGGGACUGGAGGGAGUUGCUCCUCUAAAGCCUGAUUUCUCCGGGCCCAAAGAAAAGAUCAUACCAAUACCUGAUGGAAGCUCCUUCUUCAUUCUUGGAAAGAAAAACUGUUUACGAGUCGCUUGCCACAACCUCAUCCAUCACCCCUACUUCACCAACUUCAUUCUCAUCUUCAUCAUCCUCAGCAGUAUUUCACUGGCUGCUGAGGAUCCAAUCAAAUCCCACUCAUUCAGGAACACUGUGCUGGGAUAUGCUGAUUAUGUAUUCACUUCAGUUUUCACUGUGGAGAUCAUACUUAAGAUGACUGUUUAUGGAGCUUUUCUGCACACCGGCUCCUUCUGUAGGAAUGCCUUCAACCUUCUUGACCUGCUGGUUGUCAGUGUGUCACUCACGUCCUUUUUUUUGCACUCAAGUGCCAUCUCUGUGGUGAAGAUUCUCAGAGUGCUUCGAGUGCUCCGGCCUCUUCGAGCCAUUAACAGAGCCAAAGGACUGAAGAAUGUGGUGCAGUGCGUGUUCGUGGCGAUCCGCACCAUCGGCAACAUCUUAAUUGUCACAACCCUCCUGCAGUUCAUGUUUGCUUGUAUUGGAGUGCAGCUUUUCAAGGGCAGAUUCUACAGCUGCACUGAUGAAGCCAAACAGACUCCAGAUGAGUGCAAGGGAACAUUUGUGGUGUAUAAGGACGGGGAUAUGAAUCACCCUAUGGUCAGAGAGCGGAUAUGGGAGAACAAUGAUUUCAACUUUGACAAUGUGCUGAUGGGAAUGUUGGCUUUGUUCACUGUAUCAACAUUUGAAGGCUGGCCACAGCUCCUGUACCGGGCCGUGGACGCCAACGCCAUAAACCGAGGUCCUAUUUACAACUACAGAGUAGAAAUAUCCAUCUUCUUCAUCAUCUACAUCAUCAUCAUCGCCUUCUUCAUGAUGAACAUCUUUGUGGGUUUUGUCAUCAUCACAUUUCGAGAGCAAGGAGAGGCUGAGUUCAAAAACUGUGAACUCAACAAAAAUCAGCGUCAGUGUGUGUAUUAUGCACUGAAAGCUCAACCAAUUAAGAUUUACAUUCCCAAAAACCCAUCCCAGCUCAAAUUCUGGAAAAUUAUCAACUCCAGCCAGUUUGAGUACAUCAUGUUUGUGCUGAUUCUGGGAAACACCCUUACUCUGGCUGUUCAGCAUUAUGAGCAGUCAAAACUAUUCACCUCCAUUAUGGACAUCCUGAACAUGAUCUUCACUGUGGUUUUCACUAUAGAGAUGAUUAUCAAGCUAAUGGCUCUGAGGGCACAUCACUACUUCAUCGAUCCUUGGAAUUCAUUUGAUGCGCUGAUCGUUGUGGGAAGUGUGUUGGACAUUGCUGUCUCUGAAUUUAGUGGGGGAGGCGGUCAUGGCGAGGGUCCUGGGAAAGGAGAAAGUGGAAAAGUGUCCAUCACAUUUUUCCGUCUAUUCCGAGUCUUGAGGUUGGUCAAACUGCUCAGCAAAGGAGAAGGCAUUCGGACUCUUCUCUGGACUUUUGUCAAGUCCCUCCAGGCUUUACCUUAUGUUGGCCUCCUCAUUGCCAUGAUCUUCUUCAUCUAUGCUGUGAUUGGCAUGCAGAUGUUUGGGAAGGUGGCAGUUGAUGACGACACACACAUCAACAGAAACUGCAACUUCCAGACUUUCUUCAUGGCCGUUCUGGUACUUUUUAGGUGUGCCACUGGAGAGCAAUGGCAGGAGAUCAUGUUGGCAGCUCUGCCGGGCAGACGCUGUGACCCAGAAGCCGACGUUGAGCCCGGUGAAGAGUUCACCUGUGGUAGCAACUUGGCCUACAUCUACUUCAUCAGCUUCUUCAUGCUCUGUGCUUACCUAAUUAUCAACUUGUUCAUUGCUGUCAUCAUGGAUAACUUUGAAUAUCUGACAAGAGACUGGACCGUGCUCGGUACUCACCAUCUGGAUGAGUUUAAGAGAGUUUGGUCUGACUAUGAUCCGGAGGCCACCGGUCGCAUAAAACACAUUGAUGUAGUCACUAUGCUGCGCAGGAUUCAGCCACCUCUUGGUUUCGGAAAAUUGUGUCCUCAUCGCGUUGCUUGCAAACGACUGGUUGCUAUGAAUGUCCCCCUGCAUCCUGAUGGGACAGUCACCUUCAAUGCUACUCUGUUUGCUCUCGUGCGAACCUCACUCAAGAUUAAGACAGAAGGCCCCAUCGACCAGCAGAAUGAAGAGCUGAAGGUGAUUAUCAAGAAGCUCUGGAAGCGCACUAAGCCUAAACUCAUUGAUGAAGUCAUUCCUCCCCCUAGAGGGGAUGAAGUGACCUGUGGAAAGUUUUAUGCCAGCUUCUUGAUUCAAGACUACUUUAAAAAAUACCGCAAAAGAAAAGAAAGGGAGAGGAAAUCCAAAAAGAAGGACAAGGCAGCUUCUCUACAGCAAGGGCUGCGGACACUACAGGACCUGGCUCCAGAGAUGCGUCUGGCAAUGGCCUCUGAUCUGGAAGACGAGGAGGGAGCAGGCGAUGAGAUAUUCGACAGUGGGCCUGAAACUUCAGCAACUCCCACUCCCUGCACCACACCGAUGCCACCUCUAGACACGCUGGUAGAGCAGACGACUGUGAUCGUGGAACCCGAGCCCAAGAUCGCCAACCGGGAUGUGAUCACAGAGCAGGUGACGGGCUUGCAGGAACACCAGAAACCAGGAUCAGAGCUGGCAGGUGUCAGUGUGGUAACAGAGCAGCCUGUGAGGUCAGAACCCCUGCUAAUGAGGAUGGACUCCAUCAGUGAAUCGCCUCUUCCUCCUCUUCCUCCUCCUCCUCCUCCUCCUCCUCCCCCAGAGAUUUCAGUUGAAGAGAUUAAAGAUGCAGGGGGAAUAUCUGAGCAGGUUUAUAGCAAUGAGGGAGAUGUUGCAAGUCUUGCAUCAGUAGACAGGUAUGUGUAUACAGAGGCUGUUUCUCCAGUCCCUACUGAUACAGGCUACAACGGCCAGAGUCUGGAAAGAGGUAGCAGCCUUGGGGAAAUACCAUAUGAUUCUAAUGGUACCAAUGACUUCAUCAGCACUGGUUACAGUGAUGCCAACAUGAAUGGAGGGAGUGUUGCUAUGAGUCCCACUCCCUGCACCACAAAUGAAUAUAAUGUGACUGGAUAUCCAGGAUACAAUGAGAACGAAAGCAGUGUCAUCCCCGCCAAUGGGAAUGGAAGCACAAUGAGCAGCGGAUAUGAAAAUGGCGGCAACGUCAAGGAUUACACUGGAAAUGGCUACAAUACAAACGACAACAGCGGCAGCAUCAAGGAUUAUGCUGGAAAUGGCUACAAUACCAACGAGAAUGGCGGCAGCGUCAAGGAUUACACUGGAAAUGGCUACAACACAAAUGAGAGCAGCAGUGCCCAGUUUGUUAGGAGACGGCUACUUCCUGCUAUUCCAAAAGGUCAUAAGCCUGCCUUUAAUUUCCAAUGUCUGAGGCCACAGAGCAGUGUGGAUGACCUCCCUAUCCCAGGAAUCUAUCAAGGCAACACAUCUCCGACUAGAUCUCGCUUGCAAACCCAGCACAGCCUGGACUCCCGGCCCAGCAGUGUGUCCUCAAUGUCGUCCGCCUCCUGGGCGAACACGGCAGCAGCUGGUGCCACUCCUCUUCCAGGAAUAAUUGCCCCCUCAGCACGAAAGGGCAAGCUCAUCUACACUCCUAUGAUCUUGGUGGAUGAAGCCACAGGUACAAGUCAGCCACUGUGGAAUGAUGGCUCUGCCAGCCUUCCUGCAGGAAGGCGCCCAGGCUGGUACCCCGGUCAAACCAGGACAUUCACCAGUGUAAGAAUGCCACCACCUGUGAACCAGGGCUUUGCAAACAAAGGCAGUGCAGACAGCCUGGUUGAGUCGAUCUUGAUCUCUGAGGGUCUCGGUCUCUACGCAAGAGACCCAAAAUUUGUGAGCUUUGCUAAGCGGGAGAUCGCUGAAGCCUGCCACAUGAGCCUGGAUGAAAUGGAGAGCGCUGCUGCUGACCUGAUAGCACGUGGAACCACUCAGUCGAUUUCUCGAUUUGAGGAGGAACUGGCUGAUGAAAUGAACUGUGUGAUUUCUUACUGAGUUCAGCAGAACUGUAAGAAAAAUGUGUGAAAAACUGAGAUAUGAAGUUUGUUUUUUUUAAAAAAAGAAGAACAAAAUCUUUUAUGUGGGUGUGCGAUUAAAUUUGUUUUGAGAACAAAAAGAAACGUCCUACAUGUGAGUUUUUUUUUUUUUCAUCUGUCACUUUGGGCAUGAUGUGCUUUUUGUUUGUGAAUGCCAAAAACACACACUGACUCUAAGUGUACAUGUCAUUAUGUGGCAGGACUCAACCAUAUCAACUGGCUGACGAAUAUUUUGACUGCAGCAAAAGAGUCAACAGAAGUGUGGCUCUUAGCAUUAUUAUGAUACAAGUCCAUUUUAUGCAUUGUACUCUCAUUUUGUACUCUACUUGAACUGUUGUCACUAUAUACAUGGGUGUGUUCAAUUGCAGUUGGGGAAAAUAAACUCUGAAAUAUGAAUAUUUUAAACCUGCACAUGUAGAUCAAUAACAUUUCUCUACUCUUUCAACACCAUUAGCUUCUUUAGAGAAAUAUUUAAAUAUUAUGAAUAUCCGCUAAGAUGCACAAUGCAAAUGUAUGGCAGAAAUGUCCAAAUUGUGUUUUGGAUUUAUUGUGACUGAACAGUUGUGUGGCUCUCCACUGUGCACAAAUAAAAUAAACAUUUUCUCAAAUGUUUAA